AUGCAAAAGAGAGUUUAUCCACCUUUGAAGAAUCAACCAGAAGCCCUUUCUAAAGAGAAUAGUUCAGUUGCUGUCAUUCCAACACCAAUGGGACCUCAAGACAAUGACUCGGUUGAAGUUGGACAUUUUAAGAAGGUUCACCGAUUGAGUAAUUCAAAUAUUGUGAAGAGUUUACCACAUUUUGAGAUGGAGAUGGGCGAAAUUGAAGCUGAAAGAAUAACAGAUAGUAUUCCUUCAUUGAGAAGGUCCAUGUCGAGGAAAAAUCAUAAUAAGAUUAUACCAGCUGCUGAUGAUAAUAUGGUUAAUUUGGUGGAUGAAAAUGCUUCCACGAGAGCAGAGGUGGAAACUGUGAGGUAA